AGCACCGUAAUCUUUUAUCCACCUUGGGGCUUAUGGGAAGGUCCUCUCCACGAAGGAUUACUAGACGCUACCACAGUCACAGUGAGAUUCCGAGUCAGCUGACCAGCUCCAGCAGCUAUUUUUUUAAGAGACAAAAAACUUUAUUUAAAAAAGUGCAAAUCAGACAUCAAUAGACAACAGACAACAGCUCUGUUCUGCAGGGAGGGCUGAUAACGGCAGCUCGCACAGACGAAGCAGGCACAGGAGGAAAGGGGCAGCGGAGACGUCACCUGAAGACCAGCCAUGGAGGUCCAGGUCCUGGAACAUAUCCGGCACUCGCUACUGAGUGACAGAAACAAAGACCUGAUCAUAGACAAGCUGCUGAGUCUCACCAUGGAGAUUAUCUGUCUGCUGACUAGAGAGGAUUUCAUUGUGGUGAGAAAGUCGGGUGACCAGGUGACAGACAUCAGCGGCCCCCCUGUGUCAGACAGAAGCAGCAGCACCCAGAGACCAAACACGGAGGCUCCACCUCCUGCGCCAACAGGGGAGAGGAGCCGUGACAGGAUUACACAGCCACCUACUGAGGUAUAUCACAGAGAGACGGGAAAGGUGCCUGGGAAGUGUAAGGACGUGGAUGUUUCAUUCUCUGUGACAGAGUGGGACUAUUCAGAUGGGUACAAGGACGUUGUAAUGGACCCUCCGCAGCUGCGUGACUCAGUGGGUGAGUGUAGCUCUAGAAGCCCCCCAGGACGAUGUGAGACCCCUCUGUACUCUGGGGAUUAUAUAAAGGAAGAGAACCGGAUUGUCAUAGAGGAUUAUCAGGCUGAGCCGGGACACGGGGUGUAUCACCCGCAGUGUAAGGAAGAGGAGCCCGUCCCUGAUCCCACCAGCUCAGGUGGGUGCAGCUCUAGAACUCCGGCAGACCCCUGUGAGACCCCUCUGUACUCUCCGGGCUGUAUAGAGGAAGAGAACAGGACUGUGACACAGGAAUAUCAGGCUGACCCGGGACCCAUGAUUUAUCACCGCCAAUGUAAGGAAGAGGCCAUUCCUGCUGAGAUCAGCCCAGUCUCCAGCAACAUACCCCAAGGUAAUACCUGUGGAUCCUAUGGACCUCGAAGAAAAAGAGUUAACAAAGGUAGAUGUAAUCCUACACACCCCGCAGCCCGAUGUAAGAACCCUCUCUAUUCUUUGGGUUGUAUGGUAGAAGAGAACAGGAUGAUCAGCCAGGAUUUUCAGGCCAUGCCAGGAGACGGGAUGUGUUACCAGCAAUGUAAAGAAGAGGCUAUUCCUGCUGAGAUCGGCUCAGGAACUGAGGCCGGUGUAGAGCUGGAUGCUGGUGAUCAUCGGGGGCUGCAGGAAUUCCUCCCAGAGUCCAGUGCAGGUGGGUGCAGCUCUAGAACUCCCGCAGACCCCUGUGAGACCCCUCUGUACUCUCCGGGCUGUAUAGAGGAAGAGAACAGGACUGUGACACAGGAAUAUCAGGAUGAGCCGGGACACGUGAUAUAUCACCGGCAGUGUAAGGAAGAGGCCGUUCCUGCUGAGAUCAGCCCAGGUGGGUGUAACCUUACACACCCCGCGGACCCAUGUGACACCCCUCUCUAUACUCCGGGGUGUAUGGGAGAAGAGAACAGGAUGAUCAGCCAGGAUUAUCAGGCUGUGCCAGGAGACGGGAUGUGUUACCAGCAGUGUAAAGAAGAGGACGUUCCUGCUGAGAUCAGAUCAGGAACUGAGGCCGGUGUAGAGCUGGAUGCUGGUGAUCAUCGGGGGCUGCAGGAAUUCCUCCCAGAGUCCAGUGCAGGUGGGUGCAGCUCUAGAACUCCCGCAGACCCCUGUGAGACCCCUCUGUACUCUCCGGGCUGUAUAGAGGAAGAGAACAGGACUGUGACACAGGAAUAUCAGGAUGAGCCGGGACACGUGAUAUAUCACCGGCAGUGUAAGGAAGAGGCCGUUCCUGCUGAGAUCAGCCCAGGUGGCUGUAACCCUACACACCCCGCAGACCCAUGUGACACCCCUCUCUAUACUCCGGGGUGUAUGGGAGAAGAGAACAGGAUGAUCAGCCAGGAUUAUCAGGCUGUGCCAGGAGACGGGAUGUGUUACCAGCAAUGUAAAGAAGAGGACGUUCCUGCUGAGAUCAGAUCAGGAACUGAGGCCGGUGUAGAGCUGGAUGCUGGUGAUCAUCGGGGGCUGCAGGAAUUCCUCCCAGAGUCCAGUGCAGGUGGGUGCAGCUCUAGAACUCCCGCAGACCCCUGUGAGACCCCUCUGUACUCUCCGGGCUGUAUAGAGGAAGAGAACAGGACUGUGACACAGGAAUAUCAGGAUGAGCCGGGACACGUGAUUUAUCACCGGCAGUGUAAGGAAGAGGCCGUUCCUGCUGAGAUCAGCCCAGGUGGGUGUAACCCUACACACCCCGCAGACCCAUGUGACACCCCUCUCUAUACUCCGGGGUGUAUGGGAGAAGAGAACAGGAUGAUCAGCCAGGAUUAUCAGGCUGUGCCAGGAGACGGGAUGUGUUACCAGCAAUGUAAAGAAGAGGACGUUCCUGCUGAGAUCAGAUCAGGAACUGAGGCCGGUGUAGAGCUGGAUGCUGGUGAUCAUCGGGGGCUGCAGGAAUUCCUCCCAGAGUCCAGUGCAGGUCCACACGCCUCCUCACACUAUCCUGAGAAGACGCAUCAGUGCUCGGAGUGUCAGCAAUGUUUCCCUAAUCAUUCAGCCCUCGUCACCCAUCAGCAGACGCAUAGUGCCAGUAAUCUGUAUAGGUGCUCGGUUUGCGGAGUGCGUUUCAGCUCCAAAUUGACUCUUGCCACCCACCAGCAUUGUCACACUGAGGGGAAACUCUUUCACUGUUCUUACUGUGGGAAAUCCUUUCGUCAUAGGUCACGUCUCCUGUUACAUAAAAGGACUCACACCGGGGAGAGACCAUUUUCAUGCAUGGCGUGCAUGAGACGCUUUGCUAGCCGGUCUGCCCUUACUAAGCACCAGCGGAUUCAUUCUGGCGAGAAGCCAUUUAAAUGCAUGGAGUGCAGCAAAUGUUUUGUCCAGAAAGGUGACCUUUUGAAGCAUCAGCGCACUCACACCGGGGAGAGGCCAUUUUCAUGCCCAGAGUGCGGAAAAUGCUUUGUCCAGAGAUCCACCCUAGUCACACAUCAGCGCACUCACACCGGAGAGAGGCCGUUUUUUUGUUCCCAGUGCGGCCGCUGCUUUUCUGAUAGCUCAAACCUUUGGCGACAUAAGAAGGUCCACACCGAUCUAGGUCCGCACUCCUCCUCACACUACCCUGAGAAGACGCAUCAGUGCUCGGAGUGUCAGCAAUGUUUCCCUAAUCAUUCAGACCUCGUCACCUAUCAGCAAACGCUAUGUCACACGGAGGACAAAUUGUUUCACUGCUCUUACUGUGGGAAAUCCUUUCAUCAGAGGUCACGUCUCCUGUCACAUAAGAGGACUCACACCGGGGAGAGGCCAUUUUCAUGCCUGGAGUGCAGCAAAUGCUUUACCGGCAGAUCUGCUCUUAUUAUGCAUCAGCGGAUUCACUCUGGUGAGAAACCCUUCAGUUGCGCAGAAUGUGGGAAGUGUUUCACGCAGAAAUCCAGCCUUGUAAAACACCGGCGCAUCCACACUGGAGAGAGGCCGUUCACAUGUUCCCAGUGCGGCCGCUGCUUUUCUGAUGGCUCACACUAUAUUCGGCAUCAGAGAACUCACAGCGGUGGAAAUCUGUGCUCUAGAUGAACAGUCUGUCAGAAACAUGAUGCUGUUGUUUACAAACUAUGUGCCUCGAGACACUUGCAGGGGUGCCUCGGGACACUUGCAGGGGUGUCUAGGUACACUGGGGUGCCUCGGGACACUUGCAGGGGUGCCUCGGGACACUUGCAGAGGUGCCUUGGAUUGGUGGUCAAGGACCAAUUAAAAUUAUUUAUAUGUAAUGUAAGGGGCAAAACCAGCGCUGGUGGCUGCCAAUCAUUAAAUAUGUGGACAAACAGAAGCCAAACUUGUCCCGAGGCACACAAUUGAACCUAAGGAUGACAUAAACACAAUUUAUUUAAUUUACUAUUUGUUUCUAAAUUUCUCAAUAAACAUUUGGCCUAGG